GUCGGGUGUUUCUAUUCCUGUGGUUGUCCAUCUUGGGCCAUGGCAGCAGGCCCAGCGGUGCCUAUAAGAGCAGCACAGGACCCCAGGCCCGCACUUGCUCGCCCUUAGUCGACAUGGCCCCCAAGAAAGUGGAAGCCAAGAAGCCCACAGAAAGCAAGAAAGCGGCCGAGGUUAAGAAGGACGACAGCGGCGGAGCAGCGUCAACUCCCGCCCCCGCGCCACCGGCCAGCGCUCCCGAGGUGGACCCAAAGAUCGUUGCGGUGGAGUUCAGCGCAGAGCAGACAGAGGAGUUCCGCGAAGCCUUCGCACUGUUUGACGAGACGCCAGCAGGCGAGAUGAAGAUCACCUACGCACAGUGCGGUGAUGUGAUGCGGGCGCUGGGUCACAACCCCACCAACGAGGAGGUCCUGAAGCUGCUGGGCCGGCCCAAGGCAGAGGAGAUGCACUCCAAGCUGUUGGACUUCGAGGCCUUCCUGCCCAUGCUGCGGCACGUGGCCGGCGCACAAGACCGCGGCCACUUUGAGGACUUUGUUGAGGGCCUGAGGGUCUUCGACAAAGAGGGCAAUGGCACCGUCAUGGGGGCCGAGCUGCGCCACGUGCUUUCCACCCUGGGCGAGAAAAUGACCGAGGACGAGGUGGACCGCCUAAUGGCCGGCCAGGAGGACGCCAAUGGCCACGUCAAUUAUACUGACUUUGUCAAACACAUAAUGGCUGGUUGAGCAGAGUUGUGCUCUAGCGAUGCGCGGUUAAGCGAAUAAACGUGUCGGCGGCCGGCAAAUAAAGACCAAAUUCUUCUCUA